AGACCAAACUAGAGUGUUCUUUUUUCGUCAAAUCAUCAACCAGCUUAGUACACACGACACACGCUUCAACACUCGUCUUUGGUUGCCAUUCAUCAGUUUUUCAAACACCCGCCGCGGAUUUUUUUUCUAGUUUAGUUUAGUUUGUAGAGUGUGCUGUAUAUACAAAGAGUGUGCCGGAAGUGGCCCCAAAAAUCAUGAAUCAAAUGGGGCCACCAUGACCAGCAAUCUGCUGCUGCUGUUGUAGAUAGGACAUCAUCACUCACAUUUUUGCCCAAAAUACAAAAUAAAAAAAGCAAAAAAAAGAUCCUUCGUCGCUGGCCAACCAAGCCCUCGACCGCCAGCAGAACGUCAAGCGCGCAGGGCAUAAAAAAGGAUUCAUUUCUGGCCGUCCCAUCCCGGUGGACAGGCAGCGCGGGAUGCUGCUGACGUUCCAGGACCGGAUCCGGAUCCCGUGGCGCGGCGGGGCCAAGCAGAUCACGGUGGACAAUGUGCUGCCGGUGGUGCUGCUGGUGGCGCUGCAGCUGCUCGCCGCGGUGGACUUUUACUGCAGUCUGGUGAUUUUCACCGCGAUUCCGGUGCUGCUGGCGUAUCUGAAGCGCUUCCUGGGCCGAGUGCUGCCAAAGACAAAGUUCUUCUCGCUGUGGCUGUUCUGGAGUGGAAUCUACCUGGUGAUCCUGUUUGAGUCGACGGUUCCGCUGCUGGAGCUGCUCCCCGAAGAAAACCUGGCCUUCGUCCUGCUGAUGUCGCUUUCGUUCUUUUGCUUUUACAAAACGAAUCAAUGGGCCGGCCAGAACCAUGUUGGCCAACCAGUCGGGGCCGGUGGCUUCAAGGACGAGGCCAACGGUGAUUCCCAAACCGCCAUCCUCAUCUCGGACCGCGAAGACUCGGACGAAAGUGACGGCCGGCUGGCGUGCCAAGCGUGCCGCAAGUACGUGCCCCCGCGGAGCUACCACUGCAAGGUGUGCGGAACGUGCGUCGUCAAGCAGGACCACCACAGCGUCUGGCUGAACUGCUGCGUUGGCCGCUCCAACCAUCGGUUCUUCCUGGCCGGCUCGUUCUGCUCGCUGCUCGCCCUCCUGCUCUUUGCGAACCUGUCCCUCACGUCCGUGUGCCAUCCGACGCCGAUCUUUACCGUGUUUGGCGUCACGGUGAUGCUGCCGGACGAUUGCAGCGACAUUUACUUCCAGUACGACAUUGCACUCUGCUUCACCGGCGCCAUCUAUGCCCUUCUUAUGUCACUCUUCAUCUUGAUCUCACUACUGAAACAGUCCUGUCUGAUCUCCCGUGGCUUCACCGGCACCGAGUGGCAGCGGGGCGAGCAUAUCAACCGGCGGAACUGUCUCGUCAACUGGAAGAUGUUCUGCCUGGGACAAUAAGAGCACGAAAACGGAGUCGCGCCACAAUGAUUAUGAUUAUUGAGUCCUUAUUAUUAUCAUUAUUAUUAGUGUACUCGUUAUAUGAUCAUAAUUAUAUAUUGUAUCGGAUAUACAAACAAAAGCGUACGUAUUUUUAACCGUUUUAACUAAAAUAUGAUAUCAUACCAAAAACAACUAAUAAUUAAUUCUAAAACAAUAAAAAGAAAACAAGAAGAGAAGAAAAUGUUGCCUUCGAAUUGAACACCUUUUGAAGGUAGCGUUUAAGUUGAGUUUCCUGUUUCAUGUUUUUCCCGCGAAGAAUAUUUAUUGAAUGAACGAAAUAUUCUUAACAAAAAGGCAGUUUAAAUUUAAAGUAAGUUUAAGUCAAUUUAGGUCGUAAGUAGUCAACUUUGUGAUUUCUUUGCUCCUUAAAGAAAGAAGAAAAAAAUUACAAAAAUCCCAUAAAACACUACUUAAUCGCAAAAAAAAACUAAAGUAACAAAAUAUAUCAUAAAUUCACAAAACUAAUUCCAAUGAUAGACAAACAAAAACCCAUCCUUUUGUGCGAAAAAGGAUUCAAACAAGCGCUGUUGCUCUUCAAAGCCACAGCCAGUAUGUAGACUGAUAAACGUUUUAGAUAAACGAAGAAGAAGAAGAAUAUGAAUAAUAUAGUUUUCUUUUUCCUCCUUCUCACUUUCACGUAACCACUUAUCAUGAAUUACAAACAAUAUCCUAUGCUCUACGUAUCGUUAAAAGCAAAAAUAAAAAUUAAAACAAUUAUUAUUCUAGCACAAAUAUACGCAAUUAGGUUCUGAUUGGUGCUCGUUUAGGUGUGGAAACCAAACCGUUUAGAGAUUUAGGUUGUUCGGUUACGGCAUCAAAUGCAAAAACACACAAAAAAAAACACCAAAUCGUUUUUUCCGUUUCAUCUUUCACCACACGUAAUAAGUGCACUCUCUAUAAUAGGAAAAAAAAAAAAAACCCAGUUUGUUAUCAUCCGUAUUAUUAUUAUACAUGGCAGUUAUUUUACGCUCUAAUGAACUAACCUAAAAAAUAUCACCAAACGAUAGAGAAGCUCAGAGCUCAAGAAAUUGAGCGCAUUACAAAAAUAUCCAACAGAAAAAUCAAACCCCUUCGACCCUUUCGUUAUGUAUCGGCGAACAGUGGUCUAAAGGUUCGUAGAAAUAGCCAAUAAACAUUGAUAUUAAUUUAAGUGAUUAUUAUCAACACUCCAAAA